AUGCACACGCACUGGAAACAUCGCCUUCCGAGUUGGUGGAUAGUCUGCAGUUGGUUCCUUGCCAUCGGGAGUGCUCUGGUGUGUAGCUGUGCAAGCCGUGUGGAUCUGUCGUUUUGCUUCAAUCUCGGCUGUUGUGUGUUCAGCCUGCAGGCACUGCGUGCCUUGCGAGAAAGGUUGCCCCGACGAGGGUGGAUCCAGAAGGGGCGGAAGGCAGGUGGCAUGCGCAUCAAGAAGCAUCGUCGCCGAAAGGGAUCCAAGGGUCGGUGGCAAGUCAGUGUCAUGUUGUAUUUGUGUGUCGUAGCCAGCAGUCGACAGACGGGGUGGUGCGUGUGGCCUUCUCUCGCAAUACAUGGUCACCAGUCCUGGUGCAUCUCGCGGAAGGGGCGAAAUCGUCGAAUGCAUGCAGUGAACGGCAAUCCUGGUGCCGGCGCAGGAAAAAGAACCCGAAGAGCGCACGGCGCAGCCGAGCCAGCAGUCCAAGGGAAUCCAACGCCAGAAAGCCAGCCUGUCGUUGAAGAGCCGGUCCUGAAAAGGGCGAAGGAAGCAGAUGCACAGGAAAGCUUGCAAAACCGCAUCGGAAGCAAGGUGGUGAAGGUACCUGGCGACGGAUGGUGUUUCUUCUAUGCCAUAGGUCAGCAUUGGAGAGGGUCGACCGGAUGGAACCGCAAGACAGCUACGGAACUGUAUUUGCAAGCGAUGGAAUGGUUGUUGCAAGCUCAGUACGGGCCUCAAUCGGAGGCAGUGGCAGCAGCUUGUGUCCCUUUCAAUCUCCGGGAAGAACAGGUGCAUCAACGCUUUCUCGGGCAACAGCCAGUCGGCGUAGACACAGCGCAGCUGAGCACGACCGAACUGGUUUUGUGGAGUAAACUGCACGCACUGCUGCAGCAGCCCAGAAUGUUAGACUCCAUUCACCAUGCCUCGGCAGGAGUGGAGAUGUGGGCGUUGACGCAAGCAUUUGCCUUCGAGUGCCUCAUCUGGGGCAAGGAACUGAAUGUCAACUAUUGGGUGCGGACGAUGGAAGGCAUCACGGAUGAGGAAGCCCAUCAGAAGUUGCAGGCCCAUGUCUACGUUUUGGAACUUGUUCACCGAGACAUCGGCGUCACAGGGCUCUAUGACUUAGUUGAGCGGUCUCAGGGCGUGGGGCAGCGAUUUCCGGUCACCCCUUUGCUUCAAACGUUCCGUGCACAAGGGCCGGCAGCAGUGUUGCGCGAAGUGAAGCGUAGGAGGGAAGCGGCAAUGCCACCAUUGCCCGCACCUGGCAGGCCGCCGUCGCCCAGCGGGGACUGCCCAGGGGACCCAGAGGAAAGUGGAGAUGCCAGCAUGCGUGGUUGCAGUGCAGCUGACCCGCCAAGGAAGGAAGACGCUGAGAACGCCGUGCACAGUGAGGAGGAUCCCUUGCCGCCGCAGUGGCCGCAGCCCGAUGCUGAGCAGCAGGAGUCCGAGUCGGAUGUCGCGGCAACCGAGCUGGACGUAGACAGUGUGCAAUCUUGGGAUUCCGAAUCAUCGGUAUCAUCGAAUGACUUGGACCGGGGGCUGACGGUGGAACCUCACCGGACAUGGAAUACAGUUGAAGACGACAGGAUGUCUGCCGUCAAAACUGUCGCCGCAGCAAUGCGACAACACGUUCUUGUGCCUCCCGCCAUACCAGGACAUGAUACAGCAGCUGGGACUCAAGAGGAUGCCCUUGUGUUUCCAGCGGUCCACUGUGCCAUGCAAGGAUGUGACUGGUGCUCGGAGCAAGAGCCGUGUAAUCCCAACUGGAGCAAGAAAACGCAGCGACGCGUGAGCGGGAAGCUGUGGGAAGAGCCGUGCCACAGCUGUUGUGCCGAUGCCACAAAAUGCCUUUGGGCACACCUGACGAUCGCACAUGCAGACCAAUUCCUCGGCGGGACUCCAGCAGAACUCCCGGCAACGUACCGUGCCAGUCUUUUGGAAAGGGAAAGGGAAUGUGUGCCAAGUGUGGGGUGGAGCACAGACCGUCGCACGUUUCGACGCUUUGCGAACAACUGCAAAGAAGAUUGCCUUGAAGCCCUCAUCUGUGCUUGCUGUACACGGAUACAUGUGGCAGCCAACGGCGGCGAAAUUGGGUACAUCAGUGUGGAAAAACUGUUCGACUCUCUGUCGAACGACAGCUUCACUGCGAAUUGGUGCUACGAAACAUACUCUGUCCGCUAUGCCAACAUCCCAGCCAUUCAAACUCGGUUGGAUCCAAGUGAAUGGGUGCGGAAGCUGCCAGACGGCAAGCGCAUCUUGUGCUGCCCGGAAGACAUGCGCUGCGAGCUGUGUCCGCCAAAUGCGGCGACUUUGUGUUGGAAGUGCCAGCUCCCCUUGUGUCGGUCCUGUCUGACGCGCAUGACGCAGCAGGCCCAUGCUUCAAUCCCACAAGCCCUCACCAACGACAAUUGGCUGGGUUAUCCAUGUGAGUUGCUGUACCAGUACAAGGUACGCUGGAUUGAAGCCGCUGCCGCCUGCCCGGUGUGGACCUCGAUUGUGUGCUUUUACCUCGAAAAUGACCGCGGACAUCUGAUGGAAGAGGAGCUGCAUCGAGCCGAGCAUCGCGUGGCCGUCCGCGGCAACGUCAGCUCCUUCAGCAUGCCCUGGGAAGAGGUCCUGGCCGCGCUCGAUCCACUCCAUCACGCGGGCAAAAAUCCGACCCUGGGUCGUAACGGCAUUGCUGCAGCAUCUGGUGGAGUUAAAGCAUCCCAUGGCGACGGUGCCACAGCCGACGAAAUGAAACAAAAAAUUGACAAGAAAGUCACGGCGGUCUACGGCACCACUGAAUUUUGUCCCUUGAAAGAGGCCAUGGCCGAGCCGAACACCAUCAAGCCAGCAGCUCCAAGCCACUGCCACGCAGUUGGGCAGCGCGACAGCGUAGCUGACGCAAGCCCGGCUGCCACCAGCAAGGCAGAUGCAAGCAGGACAGAUGCGGAAAGCAUACCACUCUCGAGCUUGCAUGCAGAAGCAAGCGUCCACUCCGACCGGCGUCAGCCAGACACAGGUGAACUGAGGGGCGGCCAGCAUCCAUCUGAGAAUUCUGCUGCCAGCGUGGCUGAACCUGCAUUGCCUUCGAAACAUGCCACCCCGGAAGUUCCAGCAACAACCGGUUGCACAGGGGAAGCUUUCAGUGGGAAUGUACGCCCGAACAUCAUGUCCCAAGAUUACACCAGCUCGCAAAUUGCCGAUCCGGAUGUAGCCUUCAUCAACAACCUCGCCACGACAACUCACGAACUUGGAGUGCAAACAGGCACUGCCUUCUGGGACCAGUGGCGAACAGAUUUCUUGUACUGGGCUUUCCCAUAUAGUUUGCCAGCGCCGGUCAGCGGCCCAGACUUUCCACAGAAGGCGCAGUGCCGUCGAGUGACUGACGCGCCGCACUUCGGCCCCGUGCAGCACUUGAAACAUUUGGCGAGCCGAGUGGAAAGCUCCAUUCGCAAUUCCUGGGAUUUGGUGCCUGGUCUGCGGCGCAUCACCGCCAAAUGGAGCUCGGUGUGCGGCGGCACGUUGUGGCGCAGAUGGCAGAGCCACAAGAAGACGAUAGAGCCUAUCCCAGUCGACGAAUGGGUGCGAGCUGCAGAAGGGCUUUAUAAAAAACUACAGCGCGGCACAUACUUGUCCGCCGAUGGGCGGGAACGCCCGAUCCAGUAUGACACCCGGAAGCUUAUGUAUGCCAACGGGUUAACUGCCCCUGAGAAGCAGUUGCUGAAGGAUGUGCGCUCUAUGCAAAGCACUGUCCCAGGAACCAUCGAAGUGCGACGUCGCAUUGGACGAUAUCUGUUUGGAGCCCGGGUGGAACUGGGAGAGCCCCUUUUCGUCACCAUUUCGCCAACCAUGCGACACAACAGUUUCACUUUGAAGUUGUCCAGGUACCGCGCAGCGGACCCUGGACGAGGAAUGUGCCAUCAACAGAACCAGCCUCCAGUGUGGGAAACCGGGGAGACCACUGCGCACAUACCGGACUACGAUGCUCGUCGGGAAGCCACUGCCAGAGACCCGUGGGCCGUUGUUUUGAGUUUCCAAACAGUGGUGCGUUUGAUCUUUGCUCAACUCCUGGGCAUACAAAUGUGCUUUCGCUGUCCCAAGUGCGACUGCCGAGACGUGCAUGGGUACAGCUGCCAUCCGGCAGGAGGUGUCUUAGGCCUUGUUCGUGGAAUUUGUGGUGACAUUGAAUAUCAAAGCAAUUCGACCCCGCACUUUCAUUGCAACGUGUAUCUGGCUUCCAUUUGGCAGGAACCGCUCUCCGUCCUACUGGAGAAGAUCGAAGCAAAAGACAUUACCUUUGAAGACGUGCAACACUUCCAGAGUUGGAUCCACAAUGAACAACAUCCGAACUUUCCCUCCCACUCCGAAAAAGUGCAGUACUACGAAGAACAAUGGAAAGCCAAUUAUGCGAAUGCCGAGCACGCCCAUCUCUGCCAAUGGCCAGCGUUUGUUCAAGCAGAUACCGCCCCAUGCCCGUGGCUGAGUCCAGUGAACGCAGAAGAAGCAAGAGCGGAUGGAGCCCGGUAUGUGGAGCAGUACCAGCACGCAGUGCAGCAGAAAUUUUCCAUGCAGCAGUGUAAUGCCCGAAAGUACCACGUCAGCACAAGGGGUCGCCGCAAUGCGUUAGGCCUCUGUCUCGGGAAAAGGGAGGACCCGUGGCUCUCUGGCACCUUGAACGCAUUUGCCGUUUUCCUGUUUGGUAACUCCCAUACUGCCGUGAAUUUUAGAGUGCCUUUAUGUGCCACAACCCAUGACGCGGAGUGCACCCGCAACUGCCUCGACACCAGCACACUUGCGAAGCUCCAACGAGUUAUGCAGCAGGCGGCGCGCCGAGCAACGCAGUACUUCACUGGUUACCUGCAAAAACCACAGCCGGUGGGAAGAAAGGAAUUGCAGCACACCGCAAAGCAGCUACACUUCCUUGCGACCAGUAAUACAAAGGAUCCAACCGGCAGCCACUACCGUAAGGUCGCUAGUCGAGUGUUUGGUGACCUAGAAUUCCGCUGUUCGGUGCGGCCAAUCACCGAGGAAUUCAUGCUUGCUGGCUUUGAAGACGAUAGUGAUCCAGCGGCUGCCGAAUGCAUUCGUAGCUUUCCCGUGGUGCCCUUUGUCGGAACUGAGUGGCUCACCCUUCUGGACCACAAAACAGAACAUCGUCAUAGGGUUCAAGCUGCAUCCUGGAAGAGCACAGAAGUGAAAUUUUCGGAGCUGUAUGGCUGGCGCGGAACCGAUCCAAGAGUCUAUUACUUGUCUCCUUGGGAGUUUGUGAAAUGGUGGCGCCUCAAAAAAUUGCAGCCUCCAGCGGCCGACGGCACCGGAAACGAGUGUGGUCUCAGUGCAUGGCUGCCCCACCACGACCCCAAGUGUGUUCCACAAGAUGGUUGGAAAUUCGGCCGGGACUAUACUUGGCGCAGCCCCUUACCCGAGGGCGCGGCUGACCGAAUUCUGCGUUUGCCCACGAAACCCCAGGCCGCGGAAGCCGCUGAAUACUACUGUGAGCGCAAUCUGGAACCAUGCAUACCAUAUCCCACGUGCCGUCCGUUGCCUCGACCAGAUAUGUCAGCCGAAGACCAGGCGCGCUUGUUGAAUGUGUAUUUGCGACCCUGGACCUUGGAUGCUAGUACCGCAAGCUUGCAUGUGCCACACAUCGCUGCACUCGACCUGCCUUUCGAUGCCAGAACUGCUACGAAGCCCAGCCGCCGCCUCACCACUAAAAGUAGUCCCACCCCCCGUAGUCAUCAGGCCACAUGGAAAGAAUAUAUUCAUGGCCACAUAGUUUCCCACCAUGCGGCAAGAACGAUCCAAAAUUUCCUGGCAGCAGCAGAGUGCUCUCCGGAAGAAUCUGAUCCAACAGCCAGCGGCGGCCUUCAGACAGGCCGAAGUGGACACUGCCUGGUUGGACGUCGUAACGCUGCAGAAAUUAACCCAGGGCCAGGGGUUCGAAUAUUCGAAACCGCAGCGCAACAGAUUCUGCAAACGUGGCAACCCGUCACUGCUGCAGACACCCACGGCUGGAGCACGACUGUUGGAAUUCCUGAGUUGCCAACGAUUGCUAGUGCGGAAGCACCGCGUAGCGGAGCACCGCCGUCUCAACCCCCAGCCUUGCAAUGGACCUAUGGAUCUUUGAAUGAACCCAUGGCCACGGCGUGGCUGGAAAGAUUGCAAGCGAACUCGGAUGGCCCGAAACCGACCGAAGAACAAAGCCGCUUCGUACAGUCCAUCAUUGAGCGCUGUCUGCAAGAGCAUCACGAAGAACAGACCGAAGCACGAACCCGAAGUGAACCUUGGAGGGGAAUUUUCCAUGGGGUACCCGGAGCAGGCAAAAGCCAAACCUUGAAGUGGCUACGGCAGUUUUUUGAGGACGUGUGUGGGUGGCAACAUCCAACUGAGUUUGCGUACCUCGCACCGCAAAAUACCCAAGCAGCACUCAUUCAGGGCAUGACCUUGCAUGCGUUUGCCAACAUCCGCGUGAAGAGCAAGCAGCAAACGAAAAGCCGCCACGACCCAGUGGCAGGGCUCCAACGCGUGCUGUGGUCGCGUCGCACGACCGGCCUGCCGCACUUGUUCGAAGUAACCAUCGAACAACGCUGCAUGGACCCAUGGCUCAGUUACGUCCUGCAGCAGGCUCGCCACGGCAACAUGUCCCAGGACACUUGGUGCUUCCUCCAUGGCUUCCCCACUCGCCAGCCUGGGUCCUGGAAUUUUGUCACCAACAGCUGCGAGUGUGGCACAGCCACGUGUCAGGAGUUGCUUGAAGCAUGGGCAGAAGCACGACAGCAGCCGAGCUUGCCACAGACGUGGGACAUUCGCCGAAUGCAAGAGUGCAGCGCAUGUGCCCUCCAACGCAGCCGCCGCUGCAUGCUCGGGCGCGAUCCAAAGAGCGCCAAGUUCGCAGCACGACCAUUCAUCCACGGCCUCAACGCAGCGAAAUACGUGGCUGCAAAUCUUCGCGCCCGCGAACUUGCAGCAGCCAACCAGGUCUGCAUUCUUUGGGUGAUCGCCGCUGAUUCGCCUCUUUUUCACCUGGACACGGAUUCCGUCACAGAACUCCAAGCACGGAAAAGCAACUGGCUGCAGCGGCAUGACCAAGCCACCGGAGGCAUCGUGGGUAUGCUACCUUUGCUGCCGAACAUGCCAGUGCGAAUCACGCAGACCCUUCCAGAAUUGAAACCGUUUGGCCUCUUCAAGAAUACUCGCGGCACUCUACAUAGUUGGACCUUGCACGAGCAUGACAGCACCAGAGUCGCUGCCUACACGGGGCCAGAGAUGAUCUUGGAAAAAUUGCCUUUGGCUCUAUAUGUUCAAAUUCCGGGGGCGACAUGGCAACAGCACCCGUCGCUGCCUGCCAGGGUCGCGUGCGUGAAACCCACCACGCAACAUUGGAACCUGGACGCAUCCGGGCGCACCACCAUUGCUCGACGAGGGUUCCCAGUGGCAUCAGACCUCUCAGGCACUGCCCACUCAUUCAUGGGUGCGACCUUGGACGCUUGCACCAUCGAUUUUGGCCCUUGGGACACUGCCCCGUCGCGAGACGCCCAACUCAGCGGGUAUAUGCUGUCCCUGAAACAAGCCGAAGCGAGUUUCGCACGGGAUCAACCGAAGAAGAAGCGGCACCCGGACAUAAUGCUCUUUUGCCGGCGGUGCAGUCCACGGAAACAUGGCUCCGACCAACUGUUACCCUUGCGGGAGUUCGUCACCGUGUGGGAUCGGGAGGCUUGGUACCAAAUUCUCGCCCAAGGCAUGGACCGGGUGUGCAAGCGUUGCUCCGCGGAGCCGGACGCACACCAAGCGGCAGACUCCAGGGACGAUCCGAAGCUGUGCGCCUGGUGCGAAGCCACCAAGGCAACCAAAGUAGGCUUUUGUAAGACAUAUCUGGACACCAAAAAACUAUCCUGUGCUCGAUGUGAUAUCGGCAAGAAGAUCGACACCAAAACCCUACACCACUUUAGCCCAGAGGAAGUCCGCCGCCGGAAACGAACCCGUGAACUACGACGUCUGCGCUGCAAAGCCUGUGAAGCCACGCCUGCUGCAGCCACGGCAAAGCAAGGCAUCUGCAUCCAAUGCGACAAAGCCGUGAGUGUGUCCCACCUGCGCAUGCACACGGCCGCAACCAAUGCCGGUGUCUGUCGUGCUUGCAGAGCCAAAAAUGAGAAAGCCCCAAAGACUUGUGUCCAGUGUGCCCAACCUUUGCACGCAAAUGCAGCACCGGGCGCGUGGUGUAGCGAUUGUGCAUAUCCAAAGUGCAAUGGCUGCGGCGUCGCAGAGCGCCCAGGUCGCAACGCAAAAUAUCAUGCCAAGAACAAGCCGGAAUGGACUUGCCAAGCAUGUUUUGCCAAAAAAUGCCUCCAGUGCGGUGCAGUGCCUGGGAAGUACCAGAACUGGUGCGUGGAGUGUGCAUUUCCACCUUGCAGUGGUGGGUGUGGGCAGGCCCGACCCAAUAAAAACCCGGACUACCAUGCGCGAAGCCAACCCGAGUGGUACUGUCACCAGUGUCGCGAUGGUUAUCCUCCGUGUCCAGGUUGCGGCACAGCGCGGCCAGACGACCGUGCGUACCACGUGACAAAGAUGCCCGAGUGGACGUGUCAAAAUUGUCAACCCAAAGCGUGCAGUCAGUGUGGUGCGGCUAUGCACGGGAAAGCGGCAGCCGGCACUUGGUGUAACGCUUGUGCAUAUCCACCUUGUGCAGGUUGUGGUGCCGAGCGCCCUACAAGCAAGGGUUACCAUGCAAGGGUAAUGCCAGAAUGGGCAUGCCCAAGCUGCGCCAUAAAAUGCUGCGCAACCUGUGGGAAGGUCUUGGGUAGAAAAACCAGAUCUGGGGCGCAGUGCCUCGACUGUAGCUUCCCACCCUGCAGUGCAGGCUGUGGUGCCCAACGCCCGGCCCAGAGCAGUUACUAUAGGGUCCAGAAUCUGCCGAUCUGGGUAUGUCCAAAGUGUCUGGCCACAAACCACGGUGACCAACCCUUCGAAACAUUGGCCGCAGCAGUUCCCAAACGCAGACGCCUAAAUGGCGACGACACAGUGUAG